AGGUGCACAGGAUAGAAUGAAUCGUCGGGAGGACCCGCUGUUACGGCAGCAUCGCAGCCGUUUGCUGCAAUUGGCCGAGGCGACAAACAUCAAGCCUGGCCGUGGCAGCGGGAAGAGACGCGGACAGAGACAGUCGCAUGGUUUCGGGCCCAGUAAUGGCGGACCAAGCCGCGUGACGCUCCAGGACAUUGUCAGAAACGAUCCUGGAUACACGCCGAACAUCGAGCACUUAGUGUUUCCGGAGCGCAAGAGCAGCAAUCCGAAUUUGGCGGGUGUUAUCGAUGGCUCGCCGCCAAAUAAAUCCAAGUCAAAUGCGAGCUCAGGAAGAUCCAGACUCGCCGAGGUCUUCGCUCGGCAUUACGCAAGAGGAUCCUCGCAAGACUCCGUUACGUCCAGAAAAAAUCACGUAAAUAGCACGUCGUUGGAUAGUGGGAGCACGAUAGGUCAUCAGCCGGGGCCCGGCGGGCCCACGGUGGUGACGCGGAAUACCGGACGCCGCUGGCUCUCGCAGAACUCGCAAUCCUCGAGACAGCACUCGACCGAGGAUGGGGUACGUGGGGGUAAUGUGGGCGUCGGAGGGCCCAUUUCGACCUUGUCCUCGAGCCAAACCUCCGGUCAGGCUGUGCCUCCCGCCCUGCCGCCGCGCAGAGUCAGUCCAGCCGCGGAUACAAGCGAGAUCACUAACGCGGGUCCUAUCCCGCGUGUCGACAGGGGCCCUAAUGUAUCGAUCCUCCAUCUCCGUAACGCGUCAGCGGACCCUUGGGAAGUUGGCUCUCAAGGCUCCUCGUACAGCAUCAGCAGCAACAAGAGUCAGACAGCGAGCGGCAGAGGGAAAUCCAGCGGGAAUGCGCGUGGAUCCUACAACCGCGGUAGUUCAAUACCAUCCCUAAAACGUCACGAUACAUCUACGUCGACCACAUCGACGUCGAGCCAUAAGCAUCGCCAAGAUAGCCACGGCCAGGUCUCCGCCAGUUCUCGUCGACGUGAUGCCAUAAACUCCUUCUUGUCGGGCAACAGCGGCACUUCCGGCGAGCUGUUUAUCAGCGGCAAUUGCAGUCGCGAGCUCUCGCCUGUGCGAUGGUGCGAUCGCGAGGUUGAUGGCGUUUACUUGGGCCGUUCCGGCUGGGUGCAGGUACAGCAGCGGUCUCUCGACGAAAAUCGUCGUGCAAACUAUGAGAGCAACUUGGUAAACGCGGCCACUGGUACUUUACCGUUGUCACGACGAGCGGCGGUCAAAUUAGCGGACUAUCAUUGCAACAGCGAGCCGGGCAAGUGUCCGCAAGACUUCACCAGAGGAUUAGACUCACAGCGACCUGAUUUUCUCGCGCUGCACAGCCAGGAUUUCGACUCCAUCACUACCAGUGCCUGUACGUCGCCGCACAGCAUCCCGGAAUCCUUCUCUCCACCAUCGAUUACGCCGAUUAUAUCGCCGCCACCGGCGUUCCAAGACGCUGUUGCCGGCAGAAAAUCUUCUAGACAUUCGUCUUCCUCCGCCGUGCGCGGCAAUUAUGGCAGCAAGGCCCCUUUUCUACCGCGAUCGAAUGCCAUCGUCGAUAGCGACAUUAUCAGUCCGCCACCAUCGCCGCCACCUCACCAAGUCAACUGGAGCUCCCUUCCGUCCAGGAAGAAUUCCGGUUUAGUGUCCUCCAGGUCAAAAAGACAAAAUGCCAAUCAGCAGCAACAACAACAACAACAACAGCAACAGUAUCGUAUGGCGCAAGCCAAGUCCCUGGAGGAUCAAUCAUCCUCCAGAAGAUCGCAAUUCGUGCAAAGAUAUCUCGAAUCGUCCAGCUCGUCAUCAUCGUCGAUGGGAUUCCGAAGUCUUGACAGUUGUGUCACAAAACCUAUUAUGCCUAGUUUGGCAGAAAAUACAGAUUCUUCAGUGGAAGGAUAUGAAGAUGGUGAUGAAGAUGAUAAUCCUAGUUCAUCCUUAAAUCUCAGUUUGGUGUCGUCAUCAGCUCUUGCCUUGAAUUCGUCCACAGAAUCAAUUCGCGCCAACGGCGAACGAAUAUCGCCCAACAGGCAAGGGAGAAUUCAUAGAAGCCAACAGGGGCUCAGAAGAUCGCCCGGAUCCUCCGAGUCAGGAAAACAGAUGUUUAAUUCACCUUCUUCAUCGUCUUCCUCGUCCAGCAGCGAAGGACGACAAGGGCGGUCACCUACGCCUAAUCCAUUCAGACGCGGCAAUCCCUCGCGACAGCAUCAAAGCGCUAGAACCAAUCAGGUAUCGCCCGAUUCUCAUCAAUCCCGAGUUAGAAGAUCCAGGAGUCUCCAAUUACCAGAGAAAAGGUCGCCAGGAACGACGGGCCCGCAGAGAGAACACUCCCGAGAGUCAAACGAAGCACACAGAGUUGUUGUGAAAAUUGUGAAUGAUCGAGGAAGUGAUAGGUCCAAGCGCCAUGUUCUUCAGAACAGAAAAGCUCAAUCCACUGACGAUACCAUAAAUGAGAAUCUUUUCCGCGAAACGGAGAUGGUGACUGAAUAUCUGUAUGGCACGCGUAGCCGCGUCGUGCCUAGAAAUAUGAUGUCAAACCGCUAUGAACGUCGCGAUGAGAGCCAAGAGCAGAGACGAGGCAACAAUACAUAUGACGUUUACAUCAUAUCCUCCAAGCAGCAACAACAGCAAUCUUCGAAAGUAUCGAAUUCUUCACAAUCUCAACAACAGCAACAGCCACAGCAGUCGCAAUCGCAACAACAGCAACAACAACAGCAACAACAGCAACAAUCAAGGCGGCCACGGACGCUGCAGAGAGGUGCUACAACACCAAACGCGAAUGCGCCAUCCACCAAUCAAGACUUUUGUAUCAGUCCAGAUACAAAACUGCGUUGUAACAGCAGCACGUGCGACUUUUGGCCUCAUUGCUCACAAAGAGAAACCUUGUAUUCGCCAAAUCAGGCGCCACCACCAGUUUUCAUGAAGUUGUCGCAAAGUUAUCCAGCACAUCAAAGACUCUCCACCGAUGCUGGUAGUCAUCGCGGAAGUGCGAGCUCUUCACCAGCCUCUCUCGAGCGAAUGGACGAUCGGGAGCUUCGCGAGAGAGAUAACUUAAGGAAGAGCAGAAACAGCCAGCAGGGCAAAUAUCAGGAGAGGCCCAAAGUGCUCAAGCAGGCAAAUAGAUGGUCGCCGUUAGAGGGAUCUAACGGGAAUGUAGGCUCAGGAACGGAGAAGAGAGAUCAAAUGCAUCACCGAGUGUACCGGAAGCCCGAUUUCCCGGCAUCCUUCGAAAGCACCGACAGCAAGGAUAGAAGAGUGUCACCUGUUCAAGGAAUGAAUGUCAAUAGAUCGCCAAGCGGCGGCCCGAUUAUCUCUUCGUCGACGACCACCUCGUCGUCUUCGAGCAGCGAUAUUUGGAUUACCACGUCGGAUCGCACGGUGACGAAGAGUCCGCGGAAUGCAAAGAGCUCCGGUGCAUCCACGCCAAUAGAAGAUGCUGUGAUCGGUUCACUUAAGACAUUGAUGGAACCACCGAAGGACGGUACACUAUCCAGACCUGGUAGCGCGCCAACUCGGGGUGAAGAUUCGCUCACGAGCGACAUCGUCCUGGACCCUCAUCAGCGAUCCUUGUCGCUGCCCAAAUCCUUCCUGGCACACAACACGGCGGAGGGCAGGUCAACAUCCUGGCAGCGAGGACAAGAUUCUCAGCGAUCCAGUCCUAGUCCCAGCAGACUCCGUCAGGAAGCAGCUACAUCUCACACAGCCCCCGUUUCUCCUUUGCAUGACUACAGAACGAGUGGCCACGCCGGAAGGGAGAGACGACGAACUCCUGGUCUCAGCAAAGCUCAACGGCGGAUCAAAGCGUCCAGCACUCCGGCGCUUUUGGAUAGAAACCAUGACAGUCGACAAUGGUCUGGCGACGAAGAGGACGAAGGAACAAGGACAGGCCACGUGACGACCGAACAUCCCUUGGCCGAAGCUACGAUCCCUCUGGUCAGUCAUUCCAGGUUGCAAGAACCGUCUUCCGUCCUGAAUGUUGCCAAUGUGCCCACCGGCGGAAAUCAAAAUGCUGCGCAUCGCGCACAGAGCCAGCAAGAGAGCGUACUGCAGAAAUUCCGUAAGAGCUUCUCGCUGAGGUUUCACAAGAAGGGCAGUAAGGAGAGCAACGAGGAAUGUCCCAUGGAAGACAAUGAUGGCACCGGACCAUUGGAUGAGGAGGAAGGCACAGAAUCGCCUUCCGUAACCACCUCCGAGCAAAGCAGUCAAAGCCAACACAAAGACGAUUCUAGCAAUGACCAGAAAUUUCGGUUUGGCCCACUUGUUUGGAGGAGCAGCAAAGAGAGAAAAAAGGGCAACAAAGCUGCCCGAAACGCCAAAUGCAACAGCGGAGACAGCGGUAUACAAAUCGAGAUGGUAUCUGGUGGAGCGUUGACUGGGGGCAGUGGCGGUGGAGUGAUGGGGGGUGGUGACAGCUCCGAGUCCCACGAUACGGACGAUAUUCCCGACGACACUGACAGCCCUCCGGCUCUUCGCAGGCGAGUUACCGAUAAAUUGCGGCCCCAGUCCGAGCUCAUCAACCAGAUACUGAUUGACAAGUUCAAGGCGGAUCUGCAGAAUCGUGCGUCGCGGCAUAAUCAUGUGCGUCGCACGAAUAGCGAUUUAGGAGGGCAGAGAUUGCUCCAAUGGGACACCAGAUCUGGAUACGUUCAUAAUUAUCGCAGGAUGCUGUCAACUCCAUCACCGAUCAAAUCGAGACCGCCAAGGCUCAGCCCGAGACAUUCCUCCCAUGAUAUCGUUACGCUCAGAAGUAACGCGAAAGGGAGGAGUUCUCGGACAAAUUUGAGGCGAUCGCUUAGCCAGCCACUGGGAAUCAAUCAGCUUUCGCCGUUAAUGCGCGUCAAAACCGCAGGCGCGAGAUUACCCAGUGGCAACGUGCUAUCAGAGGACGAGCAGGAUGGAAGAGCCGGAACAUCAGAAGACGAUGAAAUGAUGUCUGAUUCCGAAUCCUCGAUCGCUUCCUUGACGGAUAAAAAAAAAUCAUUCGAGCAAACGAUGGAUGAGGAGAUUGUCAUGUUAGCCGAAGCCGUUUGGGAUCAUGUAGCAAUGGAGUCGGAAGAGUUGGCUUUUCGUGCUGGAGAUGUCAUCGAUGUUCUCGAUACCCUGGACAGGGAUUGGUGGUGGGGUAGCUGCAGAGGAGAGUAUGGAUGGUUUCCUGCCGCUUUUGUCAGGUUGCGCGUGAGCCAAGAGGACACGGUAGAGGAUUGUUUGGCUGCGAUGGCUUCAGGAGGAUCCUCGGGUACUCAGCUCAGAAGACGAACAAGCAUCUCCCUACUCUCAAACGAGCAAGUGAGAACUAGCGUAGUCCGCGAGCUUGUUCAGACUGAGCGCGAUUUCGUCAAGGUUCUGCGCGAUGUGGCUGAGGGUUACAUCGCGGAAUGCCGCAGGCGAACGGACAUGUUUACUGAGGAGCAAAUCGAGACGAUCUUCAUUAAUCUCGAAGAGCUCCUAGACUUUCAGUCCGAAUUCCUGAAGGACCUCGAAGAUCGCAUCGACUGGAACGCGCCGUACAAAAGCUGCGUUGGCGAAUGCUUCCUCAAUCAUAGGGCGGGUUUUCGCAUGUAUUCCGAAUACUGCAACAGCCACCCAAUGGCCACGGCAACGCUGCAAGAGCUUUAUCAACACAAUCGUUAUAGCAAAUUUUUCGAAGCUUGUCGAUUGAUGAGGGGCCUCAUAGAAAUCCCCUUGGAUGGAUAUUUAUUAACUCCCAUCCAACGAAUAUGCAAAUAUCCUCUUCAAUUGGCGGAGCUGCUGAAAUAUACGAAGACCGAUCAUCCGGAUUAUCACAAGAUCCAGGAGGCCUUGGAAGCGAUGAGAGACGUCGCUGUAUUGAUCAACGAGAGAAAAAGGCGGAUGGAAAGUUUGGAAAAGUUAGCCGCAUGGCAAUUGCGCGUAGAAGGUUGGGAGGGUGAGGAUCUCAUAGAAGUUUCGUCGCAACUUAUUUAUCAAGGUGAGGCGAUGAGAGUGAAGACCGGUAUGUGGACGAACAAUAUUACGUUAUUCCUUUUCGAUCAUCAACUGGUCUAUUGCAAGAAGGACAUUCUUAAGCGUAAUACUUACGUCUACAAAGGUCGUAUCUAUCUCGACACUAGCGAAGUCAUUGACGUGCCUGAUGGAAAAGACCUUCAAUCGGGAGUAACAGUGAGACAUUGCCUGAAGGUAUACAGCUGCGUCCGAGACAAAUGGUUACUUUUUUGUUGCCGCACAGCAGAAGAGAAACGGCGAUGGCUAGCAGCAAUGGCUGAGGAACGAAGGCUAGUAGCUCAGGAUAGAAACGAUGGAUUGGAGUUUCCAGCAGCAGCUAGGCAACUUGCCAGGCUUGCCGCCAGCAGACAGCAGAACAGGCCACCGAUCAAACCUCGCAAUAAAACAUAUAAGAGGGAGUCCGCGUACGAGAUGCCCACGACAAUGGUCGGUGGUCAAGGCACCACUAAUUCGUUGGGACGGAAAGUUGGGACAUGGUUCAUGUUUGGUAGCAGUAAGAAAAGCGCGCGGCUUCAACCGUCCUGAGACAGGCCUACCUUCGUACCGUAUAUUGACCUGUAAGCUGCAGCUAAUGACGCUGCAUCGUCCUAUCGAAAUCCUGGCGCGAGACAUCUCGAUAUGGUUGCUUCAAAACUUAAGAACCUUUUGUGAGCAGACACUCGAGAAUAUCUUUGUUAACUGAUAUUCCAAUCAGAAUAAUACUGCUCACUUUGCAACCGGUUAAAUCGUGGAAAUUAUUCUUCGUGGAUCGAUGAACGAACCACUGAUCGCUAGGACCGAGGAUGAACAGCGCCUCGUCAUAUAUACGGCACGGAGGUGUUAAUUCAUAAAUGGCUUUUGUCCUAUGAAGUAUACCUCGAAUCUUCUUCUAAGGCAGGGAAAAUAAUCGCUAUCAACCGAUCUUGAUCAUUGUCCGUGGAGAGGAAAAUAGAAGAAACUUUCAAUGAUUUUUCGUUUACUGCCUCUCUCACGAAAACAGACGUUUGUCUCUAUCAAAUGUCAUCGUCCAAUUUAAAUAUUUGCGGGCCAUCACUCGUGCGGGCCGUCGCUCGUUAUGCCUAACCAGGAUUUUGUGAGUCUUCGAAUCGGUGCUCCUCUAAUUCUUAGGUCUUAAAGCAAUGUUCGAUCAUCUUCGACGUUACGUAUAUGGCGGUGCUUAGUUUGAGAUUACACUGUCUAAAGACAGAACGUUUCGGAGAAGAAAAAUAUUUGUUACGAACUGAGAAAGAUGUAUAAUCGAUCUUGUAGAUAUUUGACGUUAAAAACUUUACAUUAAUAGUAGCGGACAUGAGGGUAGAUUAGAAAAGUAGAGAGACAUUUAGAGAAGUAGAUAGUAAAUAUAACAUAAAGUCAAUAGCGGGCUUAUGAAGUACUAAAGAGAAAGUACUAGUCAUUCUUCAUCGCGAAUUCUUGAUAAAUGCCGAUGAAAACAUGAUAUACAUAAUAUAUGAUGUAUUGUUACACACGCAAUCGCUUUUUGGGUGGUAAAGCUGGCAUGGUACGUCACACGGCUGUAUUUUUUAUGAUACCGAAAGACUGACGACCGAGAUGCUUCCUCAAGAGGAAAUCUUGAGGUUGUAAUCUUGAGAGAGAAAUGCGACAGGAGCGAUCAGAAAAUAUUUGAAUUGAAUUAAACGAGCUUCGCCUUCGUCUAAAUUAUUUGACUAUUUUGAGAAUAAUUUUUUCGACCAAUUUUAUGUACAACGAGAAUCGUUUGUAAUAACACGUUCUGCGCAAGUGUUAGCAAGUUCGAUCACGAAAUUCAUAUUGAUUCAUUUUGCGAGGAAAUUCAGCGAUACCACUUUUCUCUCAACGAAAAUAUAGAUGUAUUUUGUAGAGAAAAUCUUCAGCGAGCUAUACAAGGUAACUCUUACUGCCUAACUAAUGUUCGUUAUUUCGCGUCAUGGUAAUAUUUGUAGUAGUUUAUACGAAAUUGCGAACGGCGAAAGGACAAGGAAAAAACGAGAAGAUGAAACGCAAGAGCAAAGGAAAGAAAAAUAAAGUUUAUGUUUUCGUGGAACAACAUAGUAGCAGUAUUAUUCAUACAAACGAAAAAAGUGAUUAGUCAAGGUAUGUAAGUAUUCGCAUAUCACGCCUCUUUAUUCAACUGCGAUAUAAAGCGCCAAGAUUUUAAAAGAAAAAAAA